AAAAAAAAGAAUUAAUCUGCUGGCAUCUGUUUUGCUUCCCUGCAACAUCUCUCUGCAACAGAGACAUCUCUCUGCUUCCAACUUUAACUCAACCAAAAUCCCCUUAAAACACACAUCUUCGUUCGUCGCCGACUCUUCCUCCCAGAUACACUCAUUGAUUUCCUCUCCAACAUGGAGAAAUCAAGUCAGAUUCAUUGUUCCAUGGAGGAAGUUAGUACUAGCAAAGAAGCACCAAGAGAGCCCAAGACUGCUCAACUCACUUUUUUCUACUCCGGCAAGAUUGUGGUGUUUGAUGAUUUCCCGGCCGACAAAGCCGGGGAACUAAUGUGGUUGGCUAGCACAGUAAGCCAUCACGGCCCUUCGGGCAUUUUUCAGGCUGCUGGUGAAGAAAUCCAGCCUAGUCCUGCACCAUCUUCACCCCAAGUUUCUUUGGCUGCAGAAUCUAAUGUUCCAAAUCUUCUAAUGGCAAGAAGAUCAGUCCUUCAUCGAUUCCUUGUGAAGAGGAGGGAUAGAUUCAGUUGAGGGAAAUAUUACUGAUUUUCAAUGGACUAACCCAAGAUGUGAAAUAUUAGGUUCAACUCAAAAAGUUGAGGGAAAUUUGUCAAAAUCCCAGAAAGAAUUUCUUCUUCCCAGCUCAAAUGAAGGCUAUAAAGACGUGUUAGAGCAGAUACAGCAAUGACCGGAGAGAUUACUCUGAGUGGCCUAGUUUUGGCAGUUGGUGGCAUUAAGGAUAAUGUAUGGAUGGUUCCAGGCUUCCAGCAACUUUUUACUACUUCUGUUCACUUUGUUUUUCCAUUUUUCAUUCAAAACAUCAUAAGUUAGAAGCAUAAGAUAUUGCUCAAAUUCAAAAAUGACUUCUUCAUCGCAUGAAUCAAACUGAAAUAGAGUUUAGCACAUACAAUGCUCUUAUUUUGCAAGUUUUUAACAUUCAAUGUGGAAAUCUUUUGUUUACGAGAGAGAUCUGCAACCGUUAUCCAAAGGUGCAUUCUCGUUGAGGGAAGUCUUUGUAUUAUACCAAGGGCAUGUCAUGCUCUGGUUACUUUUGGUUUAGGGUGAAGUUGUAUUGUACGUUCUGUGUACAUCAGCAGUUCACUGCAUUCAAGUUGAAGCCAUGGUUUGUGUAAUCUAGUUUAGGGUUUAUGAUGUAAAAUAACCAUUAGAAUCAUAAUACUAAAAAUUUUUUAUCAAAUAACU